AUGUGUAUAAGUGAUUUGGCUGGAAAAACCUGCGGGGGGCUGCUGGCUAUUGGCAGUGCAAUUUUUAUACUUGUCUUUGGAAACAGUUACAUCAUUUUUCUUCCUAUUAUAACUCUGCAUCUGUUUACUAACUGGUAUAGCAAAAAAGCCCGGUCUUUUUCCAUGAAGAAAGCAAUAACUGCACUUGAAGUAAUUUUUUCGAUUUGCACCAUAUUUGGCUAUUUUGUUAUUAGCAAUGCGGUCUUUCUACUUCUCCCUGGGUCAAGUGCGCUGGAAAAAGUACCUAAAAGCGUGGUGUGUCUGAUGUAUUUGUACUUUUUCGUUUACACUGUAUAUAUUGCUCAUAUAUUACUAGGAUACCUCGACCAAGAUAUACAAGAAGAGGAAGACUCAUCAGACAUAAUACGGUACCACCAGAUGAAGACUUUAAACAAACAAAGCCUAUGA